AUGCUGCUUCGGGCAGAGAAGCAGCACGACUUCUCGCCGAGUUACGUCAAGGACAGAGCACGGUCACUGUCUAUUCAAAUCGAGUUUCGCACAUUGGCUGCAGAGUGUGGGUGGAAUGCAGAGGCACAGUGGGACAUGUUUCUGUUUGGACUUUCUGAUAGAAUUAAGGAUGAGAUCGAUUCAUCAGAGUUACCGACCGGGGUGGACGAACUCAUAGCUUUAGCCAUUCGGGUACAUGGAUCAAUCGUUUUUUCUGGACAGUAUAAGGAUGGAUGCUUCCACUGUCCUGUCUGUCAUUUCCAGACAGAAUAUGAGUGCCAGGGAAAAGCACAUACAAUUGUGCAUUGUAAUAUAUUUUUGGACUAUAAAGGUUUCCGAAUAUACAAAUGCCACCAAAACUGCAGGGUGUCACCCCAUUUCCAUUGCCCAGGCUGUAAAGACACUAGGAUAAGGAGAAAAGAUUUCUUUAGUCAUUUAUCGUACUGCCCCGGCAGCGUCUCCACAUCGAUCCCCGGGAACGUCUCCACAUCGUGCCCCGGGAACGUCUCCAUAUUGUGCCCCGGCAGCGUCUCCGCAUUGAUCCCCGGGAACGUCUCCACAUCGUACCCCGGCAGCGUCUCCACAUCAAUCCCCGGGAAUGUCUCCACAUCGUGCCCCGGGAACGUCUCCACAUCGUGCCCCGCCAGCGUCUCCACAUCGAUCCCCGGGAACGUCUCCACAUCGUGCCCCGGCAGCGUCUCCACAUCGAUCCCCGGGAACGUCUCCACAUCGUGGCCCGGGAACGUCUCCACAUCGUGCCCCGGCAGCAUCUCCACAUUGAUCCCCAGGAACGUCUCCACAUCGUACCCCGGCAGCGUCUCCACAUCGAAGCCCAGCAACGUCUCCACACCAAGCCCUGCCUUUGUGAAGGACCAGCCUGGUAGUAUUCGUUGUGAGAGUAUGACCCAGCGCCCUGUUAGAGUUAAUAAAUUAAGCCAAACACUUGUGGAGUGUCCACACUGCAAUAUGUCUUUGUACUUUAAAAAUCUGAAGCGCCAUAUGCAAAGAAGGCAUUCUUCAAAGUUCACAGACAUCACAAAAGAAUACCACUUACAGAGUCAGCCUAUAGACCCACAAUCAGGCAUUUAUGCAGUGGCAAAGGCAUUUCGUGGACCUCCUGUUCCUAUUCAUGUCAAGCAUAGCAUUCAAGGGCCAAAACAGCACAUUGAGUGUGAGCUUGAGGAGUGUUGCCUCUACUCUGAAGUGGCUGGUAGAAGUGGACACCAGACAUUUAGAUGUUGCCAUCUACGAUCACUGGAUUAUUGUUCUGUGCCUUCCAGUUAUUGUACUCUGGAAGAAAACACAUUGAAUGAAAUGGUGGCUGCACAUUGGUUUGGAGAAGAAAAAAAGCCAUGUGUUUAG